AUGGUCGCAGACUUCAGAAGAAAUCUGCAGCGCGUCAAGCAGUUCGCUUGCAACUUCUUCGCCGCCUCGUCCACACCAGAGAUGCCCGCAUCCGCGCCAGGCACCACCGCUGACUCCGACGCCGCAAACUUUCCGAGCUCAGCAGCCGACGCCGGCAUGAAGAGACCGGUGCCCGAUGCCACGGAUGCCGGCUCGCACCGUAGCGAGAGCAGUCUUAAGCGGUCGAGUCCCCACGACGACCAUGCUGCCAACGACGAGGGAGGCGAGUGGCAAACCGUCAGGCGUCCCAACAAGAGGACCAAGAAGGCUCCGCGCCCCGGCAAGGGCUACCCAGCCCUUACCUUCUCCCAGUCCGCCCGGCUCAACAACAGAGUCAACCUGAACCAGAUCCGCGACCUCGUCCUCUACGUCUUCGCCGACGGCCCUGCGCCUCAGUGGCUCAAUGUCUCUCACCGGCCUCACUUCAGAAAGAUGGUCACCGUCAUGGUCCCGGGUCUCGAGGAGGCCAUGUUCUCGGAAAAGGUCGACUUCGCAGCCUUUGACGACGUCGGUGGCAACCCCCCCACCAUCAUCACCUCACCUGACGACUACCUCCCCCGAACGCUCAGCAGGGAACGGCUUCCGGAGGCCCUGCAGCCGUUCGCCGACAUGUUUCCCCAUCUCUGGCCCGUCCGAACCCCGGGCGAUGACAAGCACGCGAAAAUGUUCUCCCCCCUGACUGCCUUCCUCACCGCCCCGCUCCCCAAGGAGAAGACAUCGAAGACUGGCAGCGUCAAGGCCGACGCAACACCCAACGGUUUCAAGGACAACCCGGCACGCAUCACCGAGUUUCUUGCCUCGGCGGACGAGCUUGCCGACAACGGAUUCGUCCUCCACCCGGCCUUGCUCCCCGAGGAGCAGCGAAAGAACUUUGUCGUUCCCGAUGGCUGGGUCAUGACCAACGUCGACAAGUUCGAGGAUGGCGAAGUCCCGGAGAGUGAAGUUGAGCAGGGAGCUCGGCUAGCCGGACGCCAAGUCCUGGGAUUGGACUGCGAGAUGUGCAUGACGGGGGAGAAUGAAUUUUCCCUGACGCGCAUAAGCCUCGUCGACUUUGAAGGGGAAGUCAUCAUGGACGAGCUCGUCAAGCCCGACAAGCCCAUCACCGACUAUGUCACUCGAUUUUCCGGCAUCAGCGAAGAAAUGCUAGCGCCCGUCACCACAAACCUGCGUGAUAUCCAGCAGAAGCUUCUCAAGAUUCUUCACCCGCGCACCAUUCUCGUCGGCCACUCUCUCGAGUCCGAUACCAAGGCGAUGCAGCUGUCGCAUCCGUUCAUCGUCGACACCUCUCUCAUCUUCCCUCACCCUCGCGGACCUCCUCUGAAGCAAUCUCUCAAAUUCCUGGCCCAAAAGUACUUGACGACCGACAUUCAGACCGGCGGCGAUCGUGGCCACAACAGCAUCGAGGACGCCAAGACCUGCCUCGACCUCGUCGCCAAGAAAUGCGCCAAGGGCAUCCUCUGGGGCAUCCCCGACAACCAGGGUGAGAAUCUCUUUCGCCGCCUUGCGCGAGCCGGCACGGCCUACAAGGCCCAAGGAGGUGACUCCGCCAAGGGUGGUGCCGAGGUGGGCAAGACCAGUGCCGCCGUCGACUGGGGCAACCCCGACAAAGGUCCUGGAGCUGCAGCCACGCACCGAUUUGGCUGCCAGUGCGACGAUGAGGUGGCCGCCAGCAUCAUACGCUCCGUCCACGGCGACCCGGACGGCGAAACGGUUGCCGGUGGUGGUGUCGACUUCGUCUGGGCUCGUAUGCGUGAGCUCGAGUUGCUGCGGGGCUGGUGGAACAGCAAUCGCGCCGACAAGUCCAACAGCGACGGUGGCCCCCCCCAAGCGAAGGCUGCCGAUGCUGGAGCCGAAGGCAGCGACUCGGAGGCACCCUCGUCCCUCGAGCAUGGCCUCAUCCGCCUCACGGAGCGCCUCACCCGCAUCUACGAGUCCCUGCCGCCCUGCACCGCCUUCAUCGUCUACAGUGGUUCUGGCGACCCUCGCGAGAUGGCCCGACUGCAGCAGAUGCAGAGCCAGUGGCGCAAGGAGUACAACACGCCCGGCAGCAAGUGGGACAACCUGAGCGUGCAGUGGACCGAUGUCGAGGACCAGCUCCUGCGCAAGGCCGUCCAGAAGGCUCGCUCCGGCAUCGGCUUCCUCACCGUUAAAUGA